AUGUCCGAAAACAAGAGUCCGAUCAAGUAUUUCCUGUCCGGUGGGUUCGGUGGCAUUUGUACCGUGCUGGCUGGCCAUCCGCUCGAUACGAUCAAGGUGCGUCUCCAGACGAUGCCUUUGCCCGCCGCUGGGCAGGCACCGCUGUACGCCGGAACGCUGGACUGUGCCAAGAAAACGAUAGCCCGGGAAGGGUUCCGGGGUCUGUACAAGGGCAUGUCGGCACCGAUUACGGGCGUGGCACCGAUCUUCGCCGUCAGCUUCUUUGGGUUCGGUUUGGGCAAACGGUUGCAGCAGAAGACACCGGACGAGGAACUGAACUACACGCAGCUCUUUGCGGCCGGUGCAUUUUCGGGCAUCUUCACGACCACCGUGAUGGCGCCGGGCGAAAGGAUCAAGUGUCUGCUGCAAAUCCAGCAGGGUGGCAAUUCGCCCCAAAAGUACAACGGCAUGGUGGACUGUGCGAAGCAGCUGUAUGCCGAGGGUGGCAUGCGUAGCAUCUACAAGGGUGCGUUUGCGACGCUGCUCCGUGAUGUGCCUGCGUCUGGCAUGUAUUUCCUCACGUACGAGUACAUCCAGCGGGCGUUGGCACCGAAGGCGGGCGAAAAGAAGGACGCAUCGAUCGGGCUGCUGGGAACGAUCUUUGCCGGUGGUAUGGCCGGUAUCGCUAACUGGGCGAUCGGAAUGCCGGCGGAUGUGCUGAAAUCGAGACUGCAGACUGCGCCGGAGGGAACGUACCCGAACGGGAUUCGGGACGUGUUCCGGGAGCUAAUGCGCCGGGAAGGUCCGCUGGCUCUGUACAAGGGCGUUACGCCCGUCAUGCUGCGAGCAUUCCCAGCCAACGCGGCCUGCUUCAUCGGAGUGGAAGUGUUCAUGAAUUUCCUCAAUCUUGUCGCUCCGGGAUUGUAA